UGCGGGCCAUAUAAAAUCUGACCUCGGGCCGUGAUUGGCCCGCGGGCCGGACUUUGGACAUGCCUGGUGUAAAUGGUCUCUUACUACUAGAGCUCCGCUUUAUCCAAGGAAGAGUUUGAGUUGAUGGUAAAAUAUUUUACUAUUAAAUAUUUUUAAUAGCACAACAUCACAGGAUGUUCCGCUCAAGGUGGUGUAACUAAGAAUAUGUGUCUGUGUUUUCCCACAGAUAGAGUUUGAGGAGAAGAUGUAUGGACAAGUUUCAGAAAGCUUGCCAAGAAUACAACAGAUAUGUGGGCAGAAAAAGCUGCUCUGAGUCAUAGAGCAAAGGAAGUGAAGAUGCCACACUUCUUCCCGACUGAAACGCCUGUCUCCAUAGCCUUCCCUCUGGACUCCUUCUCUACCAGCACAUGGCCCACAGAGCCGUACGCAGCGGACGGCUUCUUCGCCAACGUCAGCAACAUCAGCGGGUUAGGCGUCCCUCGCUGCACCUAUAAGGAAGACUUCAAACGUAUAUUACUCCCUACUGUGUACACUUUAGUCUUCUUGCUCGGACUCCCUCUCAAUGCUGCCGUCAUACUGAAGAUAUGGAGUACUCGGCGCAGUCUGUCCAAAAACAACAUCUAUAUGCUCAACUUAGCCAUAGCUGACUUCCUGUAUGUGAUGUCACUUCCCUUGCUCAUCUACAACUAUGCCAGUCAUGACUACUGGCCCUUUGGGGAGUUUACCUGUAAACUGGUCAGGUUUCAGUUCUACAGUAAUCUGCAUGGCAGCAUCCUCUUCCUCACCUGCAUCAGUGUGCAACGCUACGUGGGCAUUUGCCAUCCUCUGGCGAUGUGGCCCAGGCAAGGCGGUCGCAGGUUGGCGUGGUGCAUCUGUGGAGGGGUCUGGUUGGUGGUCGUCGUCCUGUGCGCGCCCACUUUUCACUUCGCCGCGACGGGAAUCCAGCGAAACCGCACGGUGUGUUAUGAUUUAAGUACGCCCAAGAAAUCACUAGACUACUAUCCUUACGGCAUGGCUCUGACCUGCCUCGGCUUCCUGUUGCCUUUCAUGGGCGUGAUGGUGUGCUACUGUCGGAUGGCCCUCAUCCUCUGCCGCCCAGUGUCCUACCAGGGUGUCUCCAGGGCGACUGGGGAGAAACGGGACAAGGCGGUGAGGCUGAUCAUCGUGGUGGCGGCAGUGUUCUGCAUAAGCUUCCUGCCGUUUCACUUCACCAAGACCAUGUACCUGGUGGUGCGUACUCUGCCUAAUGCGCCCUGCGAGACGAGAAACUUGUUCUCAAUCAUCUAUAAAUGCACCAGGCCGUUCGCCAGCAUGAACAGCUUCCUGGACCCUAUUCUGUUUUACUUCACCCAGCCACGCUACCGCCAGAGCACCAGAAGGUUCAUGCUCAAAGUCACCACGCUCAGGGACAAGGGCACCAGCGUGUGAGCCGACAGUAGAUCAGGUCCUGCAACAGUAUUUCUUCAAAUCUGGUUGCUACACCAGUGGUGGAUCCUAGGAGGCUGCAAGGUGGUAUUGUUUGCUGAGUUUCCUUGUGUAUGUUCUAAUGUAAGUCCUCAAUGCUUUUACCUACAACUCACAGCAACAAAGAACCUUACCUUCCUGAGAGGUUUCUAAAAAUGUAGAGGUACUGGGAUGUCAAGAAGACUUCUGAAACGCAAAAUAAAUGGAGGUUGUAAUCUUGCAAUAUGAAAGAUAAACAGACUGAGAAAGAACAAUUGCCAUUAACCAUCACAGCAAUCACAGUGUAUUCAUCCUCGGGCACUUAUUAUGAUUCUAGAGUGCUGCACAUAUACGAUACAUACUGUCAGCAGACCAGGGCAUUCACAUCCUGCAUUCUCACCAUUAUCUGUUUUCUUUCAGUCUCCGCUAUGCGCUGGGUAGAACAGUAGUAAAGGAGUUUGAUAGAUGUAAUGAUAUAGUGAUAAUGCUCUAACGUGAUAGGGUAAUGAAGAGUGUCUUCUGCUUUAGCAGGCCUCUGCAGUUUGUAUAGAACUGUAGGUGACAGAUGAUUGUGUGAUUUGUGUGAUGUGGAAGUGUAAAAAGAAAUGAUGAAAAAGAAAAAGAACAGUGGAUAAAAUCCACUAUGGCAUAAAGCCAUGUAAAAUGCUCAAAGCAAUUGUUAAUGUUUAUGACUGCAUGAAAGAAAUGCAUGAACCACUUGUGUGGGGAAAUGUGCAUUUUUAUAUGAAGAGCUCUAUGGUUUCUGCCCUGAAAGUUGUAAGACUUGGUGUUGCAUGUUUUCACCACUGGAUGGUGAGUGCACCCCACUGCUGCAACAACCGCUGCACUGAUACUGAAUGUUCUUUUUAAAAAUGGUACGGUUAUUAACACGUCAUCCAGUAAGGACGAGAUCUCAGCUACUACGAUCAGAGAUAAACUGGUGCCAACAAAACCUAAAUAUCCAGCUCAUACCACACUAAAAUAGACCAUCAGUCUAUAGUUUUCUCCACUUGUCCAUUCAAUUUUCCAGUCAGCAAAGGAAAUCCAUUGAGAAGCAUAUGCCAAUGUUAAUACAUUUAAGAGUUGUUAUCUGAUGCAUUAGAUACUUAAGAGGGAAGGAAAAAUGCUAUUUAUGGACUUUAGGGUUAGGGUUAAAUUAAGGCUCUGCCUGCUGUUUUCCACUUCCUGUUAGUGUAUGAUUCCUUCCCAUGAAAUGUUCCAAGAAAUCACCUCUGCUGAUGGAAGUUUAGUGUUAUAUAAAUAAUGAAUAAUAAGGAAUAGAGACAUCUAGGAAAGGAUCUCUGUGUUCUUAAGGAGGUACUCUAGCGUGCAUGUGAAGUGUUUAGUACUUAGUACUGUUUGGAAAGCACUAACUGGAUACAAUGCAGUCUAAAUGUGCACAGCAUACAAUUUUACAUCCUUCUACUAUUUCUUGUGGAGUUAUCCCAAGUAACUGAGUUAUUGAGUUUGUGAAUUGGUUAUUUGCAAUAACUUUUGCAACUUGUCUUUCCGACACACACUGUGAAGAAACCGGCUGAAGAUCAGGCACCCAUGUAGCCCCUCUCUGAAUUGACAAUUUCAUAUCAAAAUUUAAAUAUCACUAAAAUAAUCGUUAAUGCUGUUUUUUUUUUUUUUUAAUACAUUUAAUUUGCCAACAACCUUUGAAUCGCUCUGAAGCCUGACAACCUUUACGCAGCUUUAAACACAUGGUUCAAACAUGCAAAUAUAGUUUGAGUUUUGCACCCAUGAGGGAAGAAAUGUUGUGUAUAUUGGUUAAAUGUGAACAUGUAAAUUUCAUGCAUUUCAAAUGCAAGUAGAAUUUUGACCACAAUACAAGGUCAUGUGCUUAAAAUGUUGGGCUCUUCUUAAUGUAUGUGUGUGUGUGUGUGUACAGCGUGUAUAUUCAGUAAUGUAGUGAUAUACUGUAUGUUGUGCUCCUGGCUUCAGCAAAACAUGAAUGCAUAGUUCUUGUUGUGUGUAUGUCCGGUUGAAUAUUUGAACGUCUUAUUAUAUCUGUCUGAAACGUGUGUGUGUGGUCAGUUUGUCUGAAGAGAUUCAGAUGUCUAGAAAACACUGUGCCAACAUAUGUGUCAAUCAGUAUUAUUUAGAAGAAUUCUUAUUUUUGUAUCAGGAAAAUAAUUUUAUUUUUGUUACGUAGUAUAUAAUUUUGUUGAUGAAAAAGUAACAUUUAGGUUUAUAUAUAUUAUUUUCUUACCAUGCAGCCCCUUUGAGUUGCUUGUGUAAAUGUUUUGGAUGUUGUCGUAAUGUAACAGCCAUUAAAAAAGUCACUCAGCCUAUA